AUGGCGACAAGCGGCACGGUCGAAGGAAUCGACCUUGACAACCUCAACUAUAUCCCUAAGCUUCCCUACAAUGGCACAGGGGAUUCAGGCGGCAACCCGCUUCAACAUGAUCUCAACGUGUGGUAUGAGGCUGGUGACAUUGCCUGGACGAUGAUGGCCACUGCUCUCGUGAUGCUCAUGAUUCCAGGUGUCGGGUUCUUCUACUCCGGACUCGCCCGCAGGAAAUCAGCCCUGUCGCUCAUCUGGCUCUCCGUCAUGUCGGCCGCCAUCACCAGUAUCCAGUGGUUCUUCUGGGGCUACUCCCUCACCUUUUCGCACACGGCCGGGCCCUUCAUCGGCGACCUGGCCAACUUCGGCUUCCGCGGCGUCCUCGCCCGGCCGUCCGUCGGGUCCGACACGGUCCCGGACCUCAUGUUCGCCAUCUACCAGGGCAUGUUCUCGGCUAUCACGGUGGCGCUCGCCACGGGCGCGGUCGCCGAGCGCGGCCGCAUGCUCCCCUGCGUCAUCUUCAUGUUCGUGUGGGCCACGCUCAUCUACGACCCCAUCGCCUGCUGGUCCUGGAACCCGUCGGGCUGGUCCAACCGCAUGGGCGGGCUCGACUUCGCCGGCGGCACGCCCGUCCACAUCGCCUCGGGCUCCGCGGCCCUGGCCUACUCGGUCAUGCUCGGCAAGCGCCGCGGCCACGGCACGCACGAGCUCAACUACCGCCCGCACAACGUCACCCACAUCGUCAUCGGCACCGUCUUCCUCUGGGUCGGCUGGUUCGGCUUCAAUGCGGGUUCUGCCCUGUCGGCGAACCUCCGCGCCAUCAUGGCCGCUGCCGUCACCAACCUGUCGGCCUGCAUCGGUGGCGUCACGUGGUGCGUGCUGGACUACAGGUUGGAGAGGAAGUGGUCGACGGUGGGGUUCUGCUCCGGCGUCGUGGCGGGGCUUGUGUCCAUCACCCCAGGUUCAGGCUACGUACCCCUCUGGUCCGCCCUGAUCUUCGGCACCCUGGGCGCCGGACUCGCCAACUACGCCACCAAGCUCAAGUUCCUCCUCCGCAUCGACGACGCCCUGGACAUCUUCGCCGUGCACGGCAUCGGCGGCCUCGUCGGCAACAUCUGCACGGCCUUCUUCGCGGCCGACUACAUCGCGGCGCUGGACAACACGACCGUCAUCAAGGGCGGCUGGCUGAACCGCAACUGGAUGCAGCUCGUCUACCAGCUGGCCGACUCGUUCGCGGGCGGGUUGUACUCCUUCGUCGGCACCUGCCUCAUCCUGUUCCUGCUGAACAUGAUCCCCGGGCUGCGCCUGCGGGCCAGCGAGGAGGCGGAGAUCCUGGGCAUCGACGACGCCGAGAUUGGCGAGUUCGCGUACGACUACGUCGAGCUGACGAGGGAGGUGCUCAACGAUGUCGAGAACGAGGCCGAUAGCGCGUACUCGAGCAUGGCGGUGCCUUUCAACCCGGUGGAGAAGAACCAUAUCCCGUUGAUGGAUGCUCGCACUUUUGCGGGGUCGUCUUCGCACAAAGGGCAUUACCCCCCUACAUAG